AUGGAUGAGGCGAACUGCUCGACAGUUCAACAAUACCAGCCGGAAUACAACGACCUCAACGAGAUUCGCGCCGUCUUUUCGGUCCUCUACCUCCUCGUAUGGGUGGCGGCGAUCGUCGGCAACACUCUUGUGCUCUAUGUGCUCACUUUUAAUCAGGUUUCCUUAUCAGUGCGGACGGUGUUCGUCGGAUGUCUAGCUGCUUCGGACCUUCUUAUGUGUUUAUUCUCGCUUCCGAUCACAGCAAUUAGCAUUUUCUCAAGAGUCUGGAUAUUUCCUGAAAUUUUCUGCAAACUUAUCGGGGUAUUUCAGGGCGGCAGCAUAUUUGUGUCUUCAUUCACACUAACAGUAAUUGCUCUCGAUAGAUGUAUAUUGAUUGUUCGACCAAAUAAAGAUGUGGUCAGCUAUUCUCGAGCCAGUUUCGUCGUUGCUGCAAUUUGGCUUUUCGGCUACACGAUGGCGCUGCCUGUCGGAAUAUAUAGCGAAGUAAUGAAUUAUGAUGGAAUUUGUGGAACAUUUUGCGAAGAAGUUUGGCCUGAUUACAAGGAAGACGGCAAGUCGAACACAAGACGGGCGUAUGGGCUCUCAGUGCUUGUCUUGCAAUUCGGUAUACCUGCCAUUAUUUCCUCGAUUUGCUAUUGGAUGAUCAGCAGGGUGAUGUCAAGUCAAUUAGAGCGACGACGGGGGCAUAAGCUGAGACCAGAAUCAGAAGAAAAGCUGGUGAGCAGAAAGACGAGAGCAAAUCGAAUGAUGAUUGUCAUGGUUGUCGGCUUCGUUCUCGCCUGGAUGCCAUUCAACGCAAUCAAUUUGUAUCGCGAUCUUUACGGAGGAUCGAUAACUCCGUGGUAUUCGACCGUCUUCUCAUUAUGUCAUGUUUGCGCGAUGUGCUCGGCCGUAUUGAAUCCGAUCAUCUAUUCAUGGUUCAAUCUGCAAUUUCGAACGAGUAUCACGACACUGUUCAAGUCGAAGAAAGCGAAGAACGCGAACAAAUCUGCUCCGUUUCCUUCGUCGUUUAAUGAGGUGCGCAACAACAAUAAUAUGUACAGCGGUGUUCAAUCGAAAAUCCUUAUCAGCGAGAAUGAUUAUCGUGCCGGAGAUCAGCUAUUAUAA